AUGAUGUUCUGUACGGUGCUCAACUACAUUCAAAUGCGGCUGCUCGGAGAAGGAGCCGACGGAGGCGAAGAUAAUGCUUGCGCGAGAGCAAGGAAAUGGAUUCUCGAUCACGGCACUGCAACUGCGAUCAGCUCUUGGGGCAAGACUUGGCUUGCUGUAAGUUUAUAUCCUUCAAAAAUGUUCUGUUACUGCAGACUAACUUUCAUGCCAAUGUCAUACUUCUACGGAAAGAAGUUUGUUGGUCGAAUUACACCUCUUCUUCUGCAAAUAAGACAAGAAAUCUACAGCCAACCAUAUGACCAAAUCAACUGGGGCGGCGUCCGUCAUUUAUGUGCAAAGGAAGACAAUUACUAUCCGCAUGGUGUGACACAAAAACUUUUAUGGGACGCACUUUACAACUUUGCCGAGCCUUUGCUAGCACGAUGGCCUUUGAACAAGAUGAGAGCCAAAGCGUUGGAGCGGACGAUGGAACACAUUCACUACGAAGAUGAGAACAGUCGCUACAUCACCAUUGGGAUUGUUGAAAAGCCACUGAACAUGCUUGCUUGUUGGGUCGAUGAUCCCGAUGGACUGGCCUUCAAAAAGCAUCUCGCUAGAGUUUCAGAUUACUUAUGGCUUGGAGAGGACAGAAUGAAACUUCAGAGCUUUGGUAGUCAAACAUGGGACACUAGUUUUGCCCUCCAAGCCUUGCUUGCCAGUGAACUGGUUGAAGAACCUUCAGUCAUAUUUGGAAGAGGACACAACUUCCUAAUGCUUUCCCAAGUAGUUGAGAAUCCUUCUGGGGAUUUUAAGGCGAUGUUUCGUCAUACGUCGAAAGGGUCUUGGACAUUUUCCGAUCGAGAUCAUGGUUGGCAAGUUUCAGAUUGCCCUGCUGAAAGUUUAAAGUGUUGCUUACUAUUCUCAACAAUGCAUGCUGACAUCGUUGGAGAUAAAAUUAAACUCCAGAACCUCAAUGAUGCGGUUAAUAUCAUACUCUCUCUUCAGAAUAAGAAAAAUGGAGGGUGUUCAGCCUGGGAGCCAUCAGGAGAAAAAUUAUGGUUAGAGUGGUUUAACCCCGUGGAGUUUUUGAAGGAUCUUGUAAUUGAAUACGAAUAUAUCGAGUGCACCUCAUCCUCAAUACAGGCCUUGGUGAUGUUUAGGAAGUUGCAUCCGACACAUAGAGUCAAAGAGAUUGAGGAUUUCAUUUUCAAGGCAGUGAAAUUCAUUGAAGAGAUUCAACAACCUGAUGGCUCAUGGUAUGGAAACUGGGGAAUUUGUUCAAUUUAUGGUACAUGGUUUGGGCUUGGAGGGUUAGUUGCUGUUGGUAAGACAUAUGAGAAUUGUGUUGCUAUUCAGAGAGGAGUUGCCUUCCUUCUUGAAACACAAAAAGAAGAUGGAGGAUGGGGAGAAAGCUAUCUUUCAUGCCCAAAGAAGGUACAUAUACAUUAUACUGCAUAG